AUUCCUUUCCUACUUCUUUUCAAAUUUCACUUUCCCUCACUAUAAAUUUCCCCUUUCGCCUCUUCCCCUCUUCACAGUACCAAGAAAUAGCAACAAUCUGAGAGAAAAAGAGAGAUAAAAAUCACUGAAACUGAUAGGGGGAAAAAAUGGAGAAAGAUCCAAGCAAUAAUGGAAACGAGGGCGAAUCAAUCAAUACAGAGAGGGUUAUGGUGGAAGAAGCUUUUAGAAAUUUGGAAGUUCCUUCAUGGCGGGAUCAGAUAACUUUUAGGGCUAUUUUUACGAGCUUUAUUCUUAGCAUCGUCUUCAAUUUCAUCGUCUGUAAACUCAAUCUCACCACUGGGGUUAUUCCUUCCCUUAAUGUCGCUGCUGGGCUUCUCGGAUUUGCGAUUUUGAAAGGUUACACUUCGAUUCUGAAUCACUUUGGUCUUAUGAAACAACCCUUCACUCGACAGGAAAACACUGUGAUUCAAACUUGCGUUGUCGCAUCCUCUGGGAUUGCAUUUAGCAGUGGAACAGCUAGUUAUCUUCUGGGAAUGAGUGCCAAAAUUGCUGCUCAAGCAGAAGAAGGUAGCAUUCCAAUUAAUAUCAAGAGGCUUUCUGUAGGUUGGAUGAUGGGCUUUCUCUUUAUUGUUAGUUUUGUUGGGUUAUUCUCUAUUGUGCCUCUUAGAAAAAUGAUGAUUCUGAAAUACAAAUUACCAUAUCCAAGUGGAACUGCAACUGCAUAUCUCAUUAAUAGCUUUCACACACCUAAAGGAGCUAAGUUGGCUAAGAAACAAGUUGCUGUCCUUUUUAAGACCUUCUGUUGCAGCUUUGUAUUUGCUCUGUUCCAGUGGUUCUUUACUGCUGCUGAUGGUUGUGGAUUUUCCAGCUUCCCCACUUUUGGUCUUCAAGCCUAUGCAAAGAGGUUUUAUUUUGAUUUCUCAGCUACAUAUGUUGGUGUAGGAAUGAUCUGUCCUUUCAUGGUUAAUUUGUCUCUUCUUUUUGGAGCUAUUAUUUCAUGGGGCAUCAUGUGGCCCUUAAUUGAGUUAAAGAAAGGUGAUUGGUACAGUGCUUCUUUAUCUGCUAGCAGUCUUCAUGGCAUUCAAGGCUAUAGGGUUUUUAUUGCCAUUGCUAUGAUGCUUGGUGAUGGUCUUUACCAUGUUUUCUUCAUGCUUUUUCAAACAUUCUACAGCCUAGCCAAGAAGAGGUCUAGUAAUGAAAAUAUUGAUUCAUCAAUGGAAGUUACUGACUAUGACGCUCAACGAAGAUCUGAGUACUUCUUGAAAGACCAAAUCCCCAACUGGGUAGCAAUGGUUGGUUAUGUUGUACUUGCAGCCAUAUCUGUAAUCACAGUUCCUUUAAUCUUUCAUCAGUUGAAAUGGUACCACAUUUUGGUUGCAUAUGCAAUUGCCCCUGUUUUGGCCUUCUGUAAUGCCUAUGGCUGUGGGCUCACUGACUGGUCUCUUGCAUCAAACUAUGGUAAAUUUGCUAUUAUCAUCUUUAGUGCUUGGGUUGGCCUUGGCAAUGGAGGUGUUAUUGCUGGUCUUGCCUCCUGUGGUGUCAUGAUGAGCAUUGUUGCUACUGCUUCUGAUCUUAUGCAAGACUUCAAGACAGGUUACUUGACUUUAACUUCUCCUCGCUCAAUGUUUGUCAGCCAAGUUUGUGGCACUGCCAUUGGCUGCAUUUUGUCGCCCCUUGUCUUUUGGUUCUUCUUCAAAGCUUACAAUGUUGGAGACCCUGAUGGCUCGUACCCUGCACCAUAUGGUCUAAUGUACCGUGGCAUUGCUCUACUUGGUGUUGAGGGUGUCUCUUCCCUCCCCAAAAACUGCCUCACCCUUGCCAUUUGCUUUUUCGUUGGUGCUGUUGUCAUCAACAUCAUUCGGGAUGUGCUCCAGAAGUACGAAACCAAACACCGCAUCUAUCGUUUCAUACCAAGUCCAAUGUGUAUGGCGAUUCCAUUUUACCUCGGUGCUUAUUUUGCCAUCGACAUGUGUGUUGGAAGCUUGAUUCUUUUCAUAUGGCAAAGGAAGAACAAAGUCAAGGCCGGUGAGUAUGCCCCAGCCGUGGCUUCAGGACUUAUCUGUGGCGAAUCAUUGUGGGGUGUUCCAGCAGCCAUAUUGGCCCUGGCCGGUGUCAAAGCUCCUCUUUGCAUGAAGUUCUUGAGUUCCUCUGCCAAUGCUAGGGUUGAUGCCUUCUUACAAGGCUAAAUAGUCCAUUAGUUUUAGGAUAUUAAGCUCAGUGUGCAUUUACAUUUGACUACCAAGUGAUUUAGUUUAGCUUGUUUUAUUAUGACCUAUACUUUGUACAAAAACUAGAUUGAUCUAGAGCUUUCUACUUGUGAUUAAUGACAUUCUUAAUUUUUUAAAUAGCUUGUUAUAACAAUCUUUUUAGUUUUGCGAUCACCGUAUCAUCAAUCGGCCU